UUUUUUUAACUUAACCUGCAAAAGAGACGUGUUGAGUAAAACCUGCGCUGCAGUUAAUUUUACACAAUAAUGUCAUUAAAUAUGAUAUCAACAGCUAAAGCCACGUUUUGCAUUGGACGAUAUAUAAAUUAUAACUUGAUGGUUAAUGGAUUUCAUCAAUCGUGUGUACGUGCAAUCAAAAUAUGGAGAAUGAAACGUGGUUUAACACCUCAACCAAAUAAGGACUCUCUACUAACAAAUCUACCAGAUUAUACAUUUAAAGUAGGAAAACCUACACCCCUUGGAAUAAGGCAGAAAGCACGGUUGGAUAAACAACGAGAAUAUGCAGCAAGAAUUAUUGAAUUGGUAAAAGAAGUAGAUUUCGCUGUUGAAAGGCAUGCUAAAAUGCAGGAAGAAAAAAUGCGAAGCAGACAGGAAAUUCUUAAUAACAAAUUGAAACCAAAGGGAGAUUUAUUACUUCAGAUAAAAGCAAAAGAAGUGAAAUAAUAGCUAUUUUUAAGUAAAAAUAAUAUACUUUAAUCUUAUUGUAUAUUAUAUAUCAGGUGUGUUUUGAAAUUCACUGUUAAUUUUGAAGACCUAUAGUUUAUGUCAUGAUUAUUAUAAAUUUUCAGUAUCGACAAUGAAUAUUGAAAUACAGCUAUUAUUGUAUAUUUU